CUCCUAUUCUCUCAUGCAGCCAUCUCCGCCUACUCAUACGGUUAACAUUUAUUGGGGUGGCAUAGUAAGAAGCCUACCUUUUCGAGGUCUUCAUCUCUGUCCACGACUGUCACACUGGAAUACUUGCUCGGUUUCAUAGUAACCAUGUCUUUUGCAGUUGGUCAGCCAUGGACUACCGUAUGAUUGUAGGUAAGUUCUCGUUUUGUUGUUGACAAACCUUAUACCUCACAAGUAAUCGCAACCCGACUGUCUAUCUAUAUAUGUCUGUCUUCUCAGCCCAUAGCCUUAAGGCUCAGAUGCUUGCCUUGUACUUCGAGGGCGCGGGUUCGAGCCAGCGUAGGGGACCGGACCACCCUCGCAGUAUCCUUCGCCCACGCGUGCUGGUUGGUGGUUGCGCGACAGCGAAGAGUCGAUACUGUGUACCGGCGUACUGCUGAUAGCUGUUAUAUGUCCCUCAUUGCCAGUUGUUUAAAAUACAUUCACCUGACUAAACAGAUUCCCAAACUGAACUACAAAAAUUGUCCAUCUAAUCACUUAGCAGGUACUCUGUAAUCGGAAUCGAAUGACACUGCUUCCAAUGGCGAGGUAUCAAUCCUCAUCCUCCACCUCCUCCUCAUCAUCAUCAUCCUCAUUCUCAACAACAGUACAUGAGCCACUUGAACUGAUGCUUCGCUGCCGUACAAUCACGGUGACCUACGGAACGAAGCACAACAAGAGAAAGAGAAGGGGACCUAGAGAAAAAACCUUAAUGAACUAAACGAACAGUCAGGCUCAAGGCACCUACACAUUGUCGACAACCUACCGUCACAAACAGCUGGCUACCGUGCAAAGGCAUGGCGGCAUCGCGAGACAGCUUCCUUGCGGCUUUCACUGCCCCGUGUCAUAAACAGCCAUUACCCUGCAGAUAACUCAGCACCAAACAUUUUAAACAGGCUGUCCGACUAAGAGAACAAUAGUCACGCCACUCGUAUCGACUUUUAGCCAUAUGCUCCAACAUCUCAAACCAAGCACAAUGCGGGUCACGUGGACUCCAGCCUGGAAGGCGAAACGGACCAACGACUCCGAGGUUGUUUGUCAGUGACUUCAUUCCCCGUUCCCGACUUAAUUUUUGCCCACCUCCGGCCACCCAACAAGGCUCUCCUUAGUAAGCGGUGACCGGGCAUACGUAGUACGUGCCCAAGUAAACACAAGUUAUUCAGUGCCAUCUGUUGUUCUAAGGAACUAGCUUCCUUAUCACUGCUCAUGGCUUGCCUCCGCACAUCAUCGUUGCGGGAACGUUGGUGCUAUCCGACAUCAGCCAUGCUUCUCAGACGUCGACCAUCAAAGACUUGCAGGCGCCUCAGAUCUUCAGACCGAAGGGGCCAAGUCUCAUUCACAUAGAGUAGGACGGCCCUCACUGUGGCCCUGUAAGCACGGCUUUUUCGAUGGAAGGAAGCUCUUUUCUAACGCCACAGAUGCCGCAUAUUCAACAACGCAGUUCUAACUUGUAAUACGAGAACUGACUUCAAUGCUUAUGCGUCCAUCAUUGCUAAUGCAGCUGCCAAGGUAAGUGAAUAGAUCAAACGUCUCGAGAUCCUUGACACCCAGAGCUAAGGGGUCAUCAAAUAACCGAUGGCCCUGUAACAACACUUUACGCUUUGAAAGUGCGAAGCGUAUACCGAAUAAUGGGACCAUUUUUGAGAACUUAUUCAGGGUUGAUUGAGCCGCCCAACAUGGUUACAUAGCAUAAUGAUAUGGUCCACAUAACUAAGUACAAAUAGCGUCUCACUAGGCGGGACCUCAAUGCCUAUAUAGUGCGGCCGCGCAAGCGAUCUCUCCAUGAUGCAGUCCACGACGAGGUUGAACGUAAAUGCGGAAAUCUUACCGAGGGAAUGCGGGUCAGCAGCAAGAAAACGAUUAAGGACUACGAUGGAGUAUCGGACUUCAGCCUCCGACGCAGUCUAUGAACCAACCGACCAUGUCUCAACCUGGAGCUUUGUAGUAUGAAGAAGUCCAGAAGUGGAGGGACAACUGAACUGCUCUCGAAAGUGAUCCGCCGAAACAGUUACACGGCACUGCUUAUUGUGGAUCAGGGCGUCUGCGCUGUCUGUAAAGCGUCAAACUUCACAAGCGACAAGCUCACCAAAUACAUGGAUCGUGUGGGCACGACGAUAUUGGUACCAAGUUAACGUCCAGCUCAUUGCGGCUGCAAGAAGUCGCAUUGGAAUUAUCUCGUUGGAUCUGGCCAGUUAAAUGUAAUUUCCCGUGGAAAUACACUCGGAUGAUGGAAGAGGAAACCAUGCAUAUGCAGGAAAUGGGGCGAGGCGGAAGCGUGCAAUUGCAACACAUACGGCGCAAUACCAUAGACUGAUAGCAAAUCGGGGAACAAUAAGCUAAACUACCACGUUUGUAGACUGCAGUGACUUGUUCCUAUGCCCCAUACGACAUUCUCCUCUCACAGUGGCCAACACGCCUACUAAGGAAUAUCGACCGGAGAGGCAAUGCGUUUGAAUCAUUUAAAUCGGCUAAUGUAAGGCAGGAAAGAGAACGUCAGAAGCUAACUCACCCUAGACAGACAUGUCAAUUCUGAAAAUUACCGGAAGGCAAAUUUUGGACAGUCGUGGAUAUCCUACUGUAGAGGCUGAUGUAAUUACCAGAAAGGGUUUGUUUAGGGCUGCGGUGCCGAGUGGAGCGUCUACGGGUGCAUAUGAAGCGAUCGAAAUGCGAGACUUUGGCCGCGAGUAUCACGGAAAGGGAGUCAUGAAGGCAGUCAACAAUAUCAACAAAAUCAUAGCCCCAGCUCUGAUAAGAAAAAACCUGUGUGUCACAGAACAGCACGCUAUUGAUGAAUUUAUGGUAAACGAGCUCGAUGGGACAGCCAACAAAACUCACCUGGGAGCGAAUGCAAUUUUGGCAGUAUCAUUAGCGGUCUUGAAGGCGGGCGCAGCGGAGAAA